AUGGCAGAUACAGGAAUUGAUCACAAUGGUUUCAAUGUCUCGAGCAAGAAAAGAUCAGGAUCCGAUGAUCAAUGGGAUCGAGAAGAUUUCAUCGCAGCCAAGAAGGCGAUGAAACCAAUGAUACGGGAGGACCCAGCGGCGGCGCUAUCCAAUGCCCGCCACGAAUUCGGAGAGCACGGCGGUGUCAACAUGUCAAUUGAGGCUUCCGCCACCUUCACCGUCAUGGAGCCGGAGACCAUGCGCCGUAUGUUCUCUGGCGAGCUUGGCCCCGAUCGCGAUUUUUUUAUUUACAGCCGCCAUUUUAAUCCUACCGUUCUGAAUCUCGGCCGUCUCAUGGCUUCCCUCGAGGGCACCGAGGCGGCGUACUGCACCGCAUCCGGCAUGUCUGCCAUCUCCUCCGUUCUCCUCCAACUCUGCAGCUCCGGCGGACACGUGGUCGCCUCUAAUACACUGGAUCACGAAAUGGUUAGGGAAGCUAUCACAGAAGGCAAAACUAAGGUGUUGUACUUCGAAUCCAUGUCGAAUCCAACUCUGACAGUGGCUAACGUGCCGGAGCUAUGCAGGAUAGCGCACGACAAGGGGGUUUUGGUGGUGGUGGACAACACUUUUGCACCGACGGUGCUGUCGCCGGCUAGGUUGGGUGCUGACGUGGUGGUUCACAGCAUUUCCAAGUAUAUUAGCGGUGGGGCAGACAUAAUUGCAGGUGCUAUAUGUGGGCCGGCCAGCCUGGUGAAUGCCAUGAUGGAUCUUCAUCAAGGAGCUCUUAUGCUAUUGGGCCCAACUAUGAAUCCAAAAGUUGCUUUUGAACUUUCGGAAAGGAUUCCUCACUUGAGCUUGAGAAUGAAAGAGCACUGCAAUCGGGCCCUGGUGUAUGCCACAAGAAUGAAGAAACUGGGCCUAAAAGUUAUAUAUCCAGGCCUAGAAGACCAUCCAGAUCAUUUCAUUCUCAAGUCUUUGGCAAAUAAAGACUAUGGCUAUGGGGGAAUUCUGUGCGUGGAUAUGGAAACUGAGGAAAGAGCUAACCGGUUGAUGAAUUUGUUACAAAAUUGCACUCAAUUUGGGUUUAUGGCUGUUAGCUUGGGGUACUACGAGACCUUAAUGUCUUGCUCCGGGAGUAGCACGAGCAGUGAAUUGAAUGCUGAAGAGAAGGCAUUGGCAGGCAUUUCUCCUGGGUUAGUGAGGAUGUCAAUUGGGUAUAGUGGCACCUUGGAGCAGAAAUGGAGCCAGCUCGAGAAGGCACUUUCCCGACUCAAAUGA